AUGUCGGAACUACCCCUCCAAGUACCAAGCCUGGGUCGCGACACAUUGCCGCGGGCCAUGCCGCGCGACGCGCCUUUCACCGCUCCGGAUGCGGACGCAGCCCCGGCCACGUCGAUCAAGGGAGACAACCGAGCCGAAGCAGUCCCCGACGCCGAGGCCGUCGCCGGUCGCCGGGUUUCCCUCCCCAUUCGGACACGGCAGCCGUCCAGGGAAGCGAAGAAGCAUGUGGAUGGCUCUGUGGGGCCGUUCUUCGAGGUUCUCUCGUCUGACCUCCGCUACCAGAUUUACCAGCUUGCCUUCGGCCGCAAGAUUCUACACCUCUACUUACUGUACCGCCGCAGCCUCCAGCCAGAUGUGAGAUGGCGGAAAGGCCAUCAGCCUGUGCCGGCUUGGUACCCUCAUUCACCGAGCGUGUCGCCUAUGGAUCCGCCUUUUGCCGAUGCGAGUAUGACGCCGCAGUGGUACUGGUGGAGCUGUGUGUGCGGCCCCGAGGACCGGAAGCUCGAGACCAAACUGUCUGAUCAGUGUCCUAGAGGGUUCUACCAGACGUGUGGUCCUAAGGAGACAUAUCUGGGUAUACUCCCGUGGCUACUGACAUGCCGAAGAGCCUACGAAGAGACGAUACAAGUCUUGUACGCGAGCAACACGUUCAAGUUCGAGCAGAGGCUUGAGGCUAUGUACUUUCCGUACGCCAUCGCUACGCCGCAGCUCAAUUGGAUCACAUCCCUAGAAAUACGCAUACCGGACCGUGAUGAGUCCCUUGUCGACAAAUCGUUAGACAAGUCCCCGCGGCCAUCACCUGGAGCACCCACAAUCACUGAGCUUCGCGCACUGAGCCCCCGAGAUCAGUAUCUGAACAUCAUCAAAAGCAUCGCGCCAAAUUUUCCUGCCCUCCGUCGGUUACACAUUUCCUUUGAGGGCUCCGUUCGUAGGGUCCCGGUUCCUCGACCAAAUGUGACAACACUCCUCAUCUCCACUCUCGGUGAGGUGGACACAAACGAGCUGGAGUCUCUCAUCUUGGGUCCCAUCGACGCGAUGCCAACGGAGAUUGAGAAGCAGGUUCUAUUUUAUCAAUCACUCUACACAGCACUUCUUACAGCAGAGAGCCAAAAGAGCGAGGGCGAGGUGAAGGAAGUGGAAUACCUGCGGAGCGACGGACGUCCUGGAUGGACCAAGUUCUGGCGGUCAUUAGAGUCGGCAAAGGGGAGCAAGACGGGAUAUUGGGUUUGCAAGCAUGGCUGA